GCGCUGCAGCGCAAGGGGCGGAGAGGCAGAGCGUCCAGAGAGGACCAGACGCCCAGGUCGCCUGCAUCCCGCUGCCGCAGGAGAGAGAAUCGCGCCCCGGCCCUGCUCCCCAGCCUUCGCCCGGGCCCCCUCAACUGCUUUCUCGGCCUCAGAGACCGAACACCUGUCCUCUGCCUCGGCCUCAGCUGAACGCCCCCUUUCUCCGGAGCACACACCACCCCUGCAGCCCAAGAAGUGCCCCAGCCUCGCGCCGGCGACUACCAUGGCGGAGACCAACAACGAAUGCAGCAUCAAGGUGCUCUGCCGAUUUCGGCCCCUGAACCAGGCUGAGAUUCUGCGGGGGGACAAGUUCAUCCCCAUUUUCCAAGGGGACGACAGCGUCGUUAUUGGGGGGAAGCCAUAUGUCUUUGACCGUGUAUUCCCCCCGAACACGACUCAGGAGCAAGUUUAUCAUGCAUGUGCCAUGCAGAUUGUCAAAGAUGUCCUUGCUGGCUACAAUGGCACCAUCUUUGCUUAUGGACAGACUUCCUCAGGGAAAACACAUACCAUGGAGGGAAAGCUGCACGACCCCCAGCUGAUGGGAAUCAUUCCUCGAAUUGCCAGAGACAUCUUCAACCACAUCUACUCGAUGGAUGAGAACCUCGAGUUCCACAUCAAGGUUUCUUACUUUGAGAUUUACCUGGACAAAAUUCGUGACCUUCUGGAUGUGACCAAGACAAACCUGUCUGUGCACGAGGACAAGAACCGGGUGCCAUUUGUCAAGGGUUGUACUGAACGCUUUGUUUCCAGCCCAGAGGAGAUUUUGGAUGUGAUUGAUGAGGGGAAAUCAAAUCGUCAUGUGGCUGUCACCAACAUGAAUGAACACAGCUCUCGGAGCCACAGCAUAUUCCUCAUCAAUAUCAAGCAGGAGAAUAUGGAAACUGAGCAGAAGCUCAGUGGAAAGCUGUAUCUGGUGGACCUGGCAGGGAGCGAGAAGGUCAGCAAGACUGGAGCAGAGGGAGCCGUGCUGGAUGAGGCAAAGAAUAUCAACAAGUCACUGUCAGCCCUGGGGAACGUGAUCUCCGCGCUGGCUGAAGGCACCAAAAGCUAUGUUCCAUACCGUGACAGCAAAAUGACCCGGAUUCUCCAGGACUCUCUGGGAGGAAACUGCAGGACAACUAUGUUCAUCUGCUGCUCACCGUCCAGUUACAACGAUGCAGAGACCAAGUCCACCCUGAUGUUUGGGCAGCGGGCAAAGACCAUUAAGAACACAGCGUCAGUGAAUCUGGAGUUGACUGCCGAGCAGUGGAAGAAGAAAUAUGAGAAGGAGAAGGAGAAGACGAAGGCCCAGAAGGAGACGAUUGCAAAGCUGGAGGCUGAGCUGAGCCGGUGGCGUAAUGGAGAGAAUGUGCCUGAGACAGAGCGCUUGGCUGGGGAGGAUGCAGGCUUGGGAGCCGAGCUCUGUGAGGAGACCCCUGUCAAUGACAACUCGUCCAUUGUGGUGCGCAUCGCGCCGGAGGAGCGGCAGAAAUAUGAGGAAGAGAUCCGCCGCCUCUACAAGCAGCUUGACGACAAGGAUGAUGAGAUCAACCAGCAGAGCCAGCUCAUAGAGAAGCUCAAGCAGCAGAUGCUGGACCAGGAGGAGCUCCUGGUGUCCACCCGAGGAGACAACGAGAAGGUCCAGCGGGAGCUGAGCCACCUGCAGUCGGAGAACGACGCCGCUAAGGAUGAGGUGAAGGAAGUGCUGCAGGCCCUGGAGGAGCUGGCGGUGAACUACGACCAGAAAUCCCAGGAGGUGGAGGAAAAGAGCCAGCAGAAUCAGCUUCUGGUGGAUGAGCUGUCUCAGAAGGUGGCCACCAUGCUAUCCCUGGAGUCCGAGUUGCAGCGGCUACAGGAGGUCAGUGGCCACCAGCGAAAACGAAUUGCUGAGGUGCUGAAUGGGCUGAUGAAGGACCUGAGCGAGUUCAGUGUCAUCGUGGGCAACGGGGAGAUUAAGCUGCCGGUAGAGAUCAGUGGGGCCAUCGAGGAGGAGUUCACUGUGGCCCGGCUCUACAUCAGCAAAAUCAAAUCGGAAGUCAAGUCUGUGGUCAAGCGGUGCCGGCAGCUGGAGAACCUCCAGGUGGAAUGUCAUCGCAAGAUGGAAGUGACUGGGCGGGAGCUCUCAUCCUGCCAGCUCCUCAUCUCCCAGCAUGAGGCCAAGAUCCGCUCGCUAACGGAAUACAUGCAGAGUGUGGAGCUAAAGAAGCGGCACCUGGAAGAGUCCUAUGACUCCCUGAGUGAUGAGCUGGCCAAGCUCCAGGCCCAGGAAACUGUGCAUGAAGUGGCCCUGAAGGACAAGGAGCCAGACACACAGGAUGCAGAUGAAGUGAAGAAGGCCCUGGAGCUGCAGAUGGAGAAUCACCGGGAGGCCCAUCACCGGCAGCUGGCCCGGCUCCGGGACGAGAUCAAUGAGAAGCAGAAGACCAUUGACGAGCUCAAAGACCUGAAUCAGAAGCUCCAGUUAGAGCUGGAGAAGCUCCAGGCUGACUACGAGAAGCUGAAGAACGAAGAACACGAGAAGAGUACCAAACUGCAGGAGCUGACAUUUCUGUACGAGCGACAUGAGCAGUCCAAGCAGGACCUCAAGGGUCUGGAGGAGACAGUUGCCCGGGAACUCCAGACCCUCCACAACCUUCGCAAGCUGUUCGUUCAAGACGUCACGACUCGAGUCAAGAAAAGUGCAGAAAUGGAGCCCGAGGACAGUGGGGGGAUUCACUCCCAAAAGCAGAAGAUUUCCUUUCUUGAGAACAACCUGGAACAGCUUACAAAGGUUCACAAACAGCUGGUACGUGACAAUGCAGAUCUGCGUUGUGAGCUUCCUAAAUUGGAAAAACGACUUAGGGCUACGGCUGAGAGAGUUAAGGCCCUGGAGGGUGCACUGAAGGAGGCCAAGGAGGGAGCCAUGAAGGACAAGCGCCGCUACCAGCAGGAGGUGGACCGCAUCAAGGAGGCUGUUCGCUACAAGAGCUCGGGCAAGCGGGGCCACUCUGCCCAGAUUGCCAAACCUGUGCGGCCUGGCCACUACCCUGCGUCUUCACCCACCAACCCCUAUGGCACGCGGAGCCCUGAGUGCAUCAGUUACACCAACAGCCUCUUCCAGAACUAUCAGAAUUUGUACCUGCAGCCCACACCUAGCUCCACCUCAGAUAUGUACUUUUCUAACUCCUGUACCAGCAGUGGAGCCACAUCUUCUGGAGGCCCCUUGGCUUCCUACCAGAAGGCCAACAUGGACAAUGGAAAUGCCACAGAUAUCAAUGACAAUAGGAGUGACCUACCAUGCGGCUACGAGGCUGAGGACCAGGCCAAGCUUUUCCCUCUCCACCAAGAGACAGCAGCCAGCUAAUCUCCCACACCAACUGCUGCAUACCUGCACUUUCAGUUUCUAAGAUGGCCUGAGGCCUCUUCUUUCAGCAUGCUGCAAACCUGUGGUCUCUGAUACUAACUCCCUCCCCAACCCCUGUUGUUCGACUGUACUACGUUUGAUGUCUUCUCUUACUCACUCUGUAUCUCUUUGUACUCUGUAUCUAUAUAUGAAAAGCUGCUGCUA